AGUGACAUCGAAAAUGAAGUCAAUAAUGAAUUAAAGAAUCUUCUACAGAAUAUUACGAAUGAAAAGAAAUGGAAAGAGGCUGAUUCAUACUGCAAUGACGUCGGUUCGACGUCAAACGACACACCAGGAGAAAUAACUGCAAAGCAAAAAGCUUGUAAGCUUUUUGCUUUAGGUUUAAAACACAUUUCUGAUAUUAAGAACAACAACGGUCAAGUCCAUGCUGUACCACUUAAACAAACUAUGAUGUGCGCAGCACUUAAUCUUUAUGCUGAUCAAUUAAUAGAAAAAUCAACAAAACAAUGUCCUCUCAAUAAUGAAAAAAUGACGGAGGUAAUAGAACAUGUCUUUGGUAAAAGUGGUGACAUUAUGAAGAAUGGAGCAUCUCAAUGCUCAGCUGGUAGUAAUGGUACUAAUUCUUGUUUUGUUUGCAACAGAGACGAAAAAGAUUUUCACAGUUGCCAAAUUGGUAGCAAAACCACUGACAAGGUAGGGAAGAAUAUGACCGACCUCCUCGACAAGGAAGACGCAACCAACACAACCACUCCUAACAAAGAAAAAACACUAAACAAAAUAAAUGAAAUAACUACUUUCUGUACUCAAGUCCAAUGUGCCAUUAAACAACACUACACGAAGAAGAUUAAAAAUGGACAAACACUUCCAAAUGGAACAGAACCAUCUUGGAGUGACAUAAACGAAGACGCUGAAAAUGAAUUAACGGAACUUCUGGAUUAUAUGAUAAAACCGCAUAAUCAGACGAAGGUCGCCGAAUACUGCAAAGACAAAGAAGAUAAAUGGAAUGCAAUGGGCCAUAAAGAGGGCAAAACAAAUAAAGCAGCUUGUUUGCUUUUUGCUUCAGGAUUAAAGCACAUUUAUGGCCGUCCCAACGGCCCAAAGAAGGGCCAGUUUAAUGGCCCAUCGUUUGGACAAACGAUGGGUUGUUUAUUUCUUAAAGAAUAUGCAAAACAAUUGCAAACAAUGGCAAAAGAGAAGAGAAAAGGAAAUAGUUGGGUACAUCCCUAUUGUAGCAUAGAGGAUGGUAUAAAGCAUGCUUUUGAUAAAAUUAAUGCCACUAUGAAAGAAUCAUCUUCAUGCAAAGAUACUAAUGGUCCUAAUUCUUGUUUUGUGUGCAUACAAAACGAAGGUUAUGAAACUUGCAGAAUUGGCACUGACAGUGUAAAGGGCAAUGUGGAACCACUACUCCAAUCAGAACAAACCCAUAUGCAACAAACCUUAGAGAAUACAGUCUGUCCCAUCCUUCUUACGGAUCUCCUUACCCCUUUUCUUCCUUUGGCUCCUGUCUCUAUUGGUCUUUCUGCUAUGGCUUAUUAUCUUUGGAAGUAUUUUGGUCCUCUCGGUAAAGGAGGACCACGUUUUAGAAGAUCUCCUGCUGAAAUUCCUGGUUCAUCGAUACAAGAACAAGUCCUCGAUCAUGCGGAUGAAGCUGCUUCACAUGAAUAUCGAUUGGUGAAGGAACGGAAACCUCGUUCUGCUCCAACGAGAACAAAACGUUCUGGUCCCGUGAAUCGCCGCACGAUUAUUGAAAUUCAUUUUGAAGUGUUGGAUGAAUGUCAAAAAGGAGACACACAAUUGAACCAGAAGGAUUUUCUGGAACUUUUGGUUCAAGAGUUCAUGGGAUCGGAAUUUAUGGAAGAAGAACAGGUUUCUAAGGAAGAGGUUCUUAUGGAAGGGGUUCCUUUGGAACGUGUUCCUAUGGAAAGUGUUCCAAUGGAACGUGUUCCAAAUUUAGGUUCCGGGUUUAUGGUUUAA